GCCAGAUUGUCGUAUUCUGCCUCUCAUGUUUCCCAAUUUCCGACCCCAAAACUGCUUUCAUCACCCAAAUAACUGCCUCUAUAUAUGGUUAUCGUUUACAUGGUUAAUUAUUGGUGCUUCUUGGCAACAGUUAUGGGCCAGAAACCGGUAAAUACGCGGCUUUGAGUACGAUAAUCUGGCACUUUGUCAUAUCAGCUGUGAGUCAGUAGGCGCCGCAGUGCCUUGAACCUUGCAACCCACGGCUGGUGAUGUGAAGGUGUCAGAAUUUUUUGUCAUGCAAGAAGAGGAAGUUAAGGUGACCAGUGGAGGAGGCAGAUGCAGAAUACCAGCCAUUAAGGGUCAUAUUCCACCUGUAACAAGCAGGCUGCCUCUCUUGUCUGCACCCAAAACCCUCUGCCUUGAGAAGCCUCUGCCACACCCUGUAGCCGUGCACCCCUUGGCUCCACUCACCACCCCGCUGCCUCAGACUGCUGCUCAGAUGGCUGACUCACAAGACAAGCUCAGCAAGCCUCAAGGCAUCCCAAGGGGCCACCUGGGUGUUGGCCUUCAUCGGGGUCGAGCGCGGGGCAUCAGCAGGAUCUCCACCACCUCUGCCUCAAGCUCUCUCAAGCGAGGGUCUGGGUCUUCACUGUCAAGUCGAGGAAAGUCCCCUUCCGCAGAUGAAGAAAGUAAAAAUGGUCCCAAGCCAAGCAGCCGUCCCAGGCCAUCAAGAUAUAGUUCAGUCCGUGCCAGAAUCCAGGUCCACCGAGGCAGGCCGGCGAUGCGAGGCUUUGCCAAUGUUGGUGCAGUGUUUGGUGAUGCCAAGAAGGAGGAGCUGCACCCUCAGAUUAUAAGGAUGGCAAGAAAAUCUGGGCAGCUGAAUCUUUCUAAUAAGGGGCUUGUUGAAGUCCCGGAAAAGGUGUAUCACAUCAAUGAAAUAGACACCGAGGAGGCCAAGAAGAUGACCAUGAACAUGAGGAUGGACAACAGUGAUGACGACCGCUGGUGGGAGCAAGUGGACCUCACCCGCCUCUACCUGAACUCCAACCAGCUGGCCUCCCUCUCCCCCAUGAUCAACAACCUUCAGUCUCUGCAGGUCUUGGAUGUAAGUGUCACAUUUUACAUCACCUCCAGAGCUAGCCAUCCCUAAUUUCUCUCAUGUCCUUCUCUGUCU